GACUUCCUGUGAGCUAACUGGACCUCUAUAUGGAUUCCUCUCCCAUGAUAGAAAAUUUGUUCAUGGAUUUCCUUCAUUUGUUUUACUCUGGAACAUGGGCCUACAUGACUAAACCAGAGUUGAACUUCAAGUUGGAGCAUGGGUUUGCACCAUGGAAUGUAGCAAGAGAGUCAGUUCAGUGCCUUCCAGCAGUACUAAAGAUUUCACAGCAAACAAAGCCAUAUGAACGUACACCACUCCAGAAGAUUGUCUUUCACAUGCCUCACCUCACUCAGAAUCAAAAAAUUCAUACAAGUGAGAAGCCAUAUGAAUGUAAUGAAUGUGGGAAGGCUUUCUACUAUAAGUCAGCAUUCACUGUGCAUCAGAGAGCCCACACAGGUGAGAAGCCAUAUGAGUGUAAUGAAUGUGGGAAAGCUUUUUCCGCUAAGUUCACACUCACUGUACAUCAGAGAACCCACACAGGUGAGAAGCCAUAUGAAUGUAAUGAAUGUGGGAAAGCUUUUUCCACUAAGUCAAAACUCACUGUGCAUCAGAGAACCCACACAGGUGUGAAGCCAUAUGAAUGCAAAGAAUGUGGGAAAAUUUUUCACCAGAAGGCAAAACUCACUGUGCAUGAGAGAGCUCAUAUAAAUGAGAAACCAUAUUAAUGGCUUUCUCCCAGAAGUCAUACCUCACUCUGCAUCAGAGAAUUCAUAAAAAUAAAGAAGCAAGGCUGGAGAAAUGGCUUAGCGGUUAAGUGCUUGCCUGAGAAGCCUAAGGACCCCAGUCCAAGACUUGAAUCCCCA